AGUUAGGAGAGUCCCGGCUCACUCACUGCUUCUAACUCACUGCUCACUCACCGCUUCUUAGCUUAGGAAUCACCUACAAUAACCUCGUGUCACUGUAUCUUGUGAUUUCAAACAAGGAACCCUAAAAACCUGAAAGGCACAUUGGGUAACGCUCAACAAUAAGGCUCGGCUGCCAAGACGAAAAAAAAUUGCCCUUUCUCCUCCUGCCACCCUGGAGGUGCCAGGUUGUAAUCUGCAAAUGUAUUGUCUGGCCCUUAGGGCUUGACAGUUAAUGAUUGGUCGUUGAAGGAGCCGGGCGGAGGAGCGAGAGGGACGCGAGCAAGCGAGCGAGGGAGGGAGCGCAGGGCCCGAGCGGAGCCCCAGCCGGCCGCACAGGCGCCGCCUCCCGUCUUCCGGGACCCGGCACAUCGGGGGUUUUGGGCGCCGGAGACGCGCAAGGGCGCCGAUGGAGUCAGACUCGCCGGCGGGCCCCGGCGCCCCAGAGCCCCUCGCGGAGGGAGCGGCGGGCGAGUUCUCCAGCCUGCUGCGCAGGAUAAAAGGCAAACUCUUCACCUGGAAUAUUUUGAAAACAAUUGCUCUGGGUCAGAUGUUGUCCUUGUGUAUAUGUGGGACAGCCAUCACCAGCCAGUAUUUGGCAGAAAGAUACAAAGUGAACACCCCCAUGCUUCAGAGCUUUAUCAAUUAUUGCUUGCUGUUCCUAAUUUAUACAGUGAUGCUGGCAUUUCGAUCAGGCAGUGAUAACCUUUUAGUAAUCUUGAAAAGAAAAUGGUGGAAGUACAUCCUGCUGGGACUAGCAGAUGUGGAAGCUAAUUAUGUGAUCGUCAGAGCCUACCAGUACACAACUCUAACCAGUGUCCAGCUUUUGGAUUGCUUUGGGAUUCCUGUGUUGAUGGCUCUGUCGUGGUUUAUUCUUCAUGCAAGAUACAGAGUGAUCCACUUCAUCGCCGUGGCUGUCUGUCUGUUAGGUGUAGGAACCAUGGUUGGUGCAGACAUACUAGCAGGGAGGGAAGACAAUUCAGGGAGUGAUGUACUGAUUGGUGACAUCUUGGUCCUUCUUGGGGCUUCCCUCUAUGCCAUUUCGAAUGUUUGUGAGGAAUACAUCGUGAAGAAGCUGAGCAGACAGGAGUUUUUAGGAAUGGUGGGCCUGUUUGGAACAAUUAUCAGUGGUAUACAGCUAUUGAUUGUGGAAUAUAAGGAUAUUGCCAGCAUUCAUUGGGACUGGAAAAUUGCCCUGCUAUUCGUGGCAUUUGCCCUGUGUAUGUUUUGCCUGUACAGCUUCAUGCCAUUGGUGAUUAAAGUCACUAGUGCCACUUCCGUCAACCUGGGCAUCCUGACAGCGGACCUCUACAGCCUUUUCGUUGGACUCUUUCUGUUUGGCUAUAAGUUUUCAGGACUCUACAUCCUGUCCUUCACUGUCAUCAUGGUGGGGUUUAUCCUGUACUGCUCCACCCCGACUCGCACGGCCGAGCCGGCUGAAAGCAGCGUGCCUCCAGUCACCAGCAUUGGGAUUGACAACUUGGGGCUGAAGCUGGAGGAGAACCUCCAGGAGACCCACUCUGCUGUCUUGUAGCUGGAGAAGAUGGCGCACCCAUCCCCCACCAGGAUAAAGCAGAGCCUGCUGCCUGCUGAGGGUACACUUGGGGAAAUAGCAGACUCAGAGUGGACACUCUACAACCCUGGGUUGGAUCCAGCGGUUAGGUUUUAGAAAGGAACACUAAACAAAGUUCGAAAGUAGAAAUACCAAAAUAGAGCAGAAACCAAGCUAAGAGUGCGUUUCUGUGUUUGAGGACCAACAUCUGUUCGUGUUGAGGAGAUGAAGUGCGGACUCCACACUGGGGUCUUAGAGGCUCCAGUGGGAAAGCAGGACUGGGGAGAGAUCAGGAGUGAGCCAGCCUCAGGCCAGGGCAGGAAAGCAGGCUGUCCAGGCUGGGCUUGGUGGUCAGGAACAGGGGCAACUCACGGUGGCUCUGGAGUACGUUUCCUCUAUCAGAGGCUUCAAGGUUUUUUUUUUUUUUUUUUUUUUUUUGCUGAGGCAGUUAUUGUCCACAGGCCUUUGGGUAGAUGAGGCCUUGGGUCUGACUGCAUGUGGCAGAAAACGGGUGGGUCAGCCCUUGAAAAGUCCUGAGAUAUAAUUAUUAUAUCUCACACAAGCAUUAAACUGGAGUGCAGUAAACCUAGGAACCCUCCCACAAUUGUUUUUUUUUUGUUUGUUUGAGACGCAGAGCCUAGAGUGCAGUGGCACAAUCUCAGCUCACUGUAACCUCCGCCUCCUGGGUUCAAGUGUGAGUAGCUGGGAUUACAAAAGUGUGUGGCCCCACGCCCAGCUAAGUUUUGUAUUUUUAGUAGACAUGGGGUUUCACCAUGUUGCCCAGGCUGGUCUUGACUUCCUGACCUCAAGUGAUCUGCCUGCCUCGACCUCCCAAAGUGCUGGGAUUACAGGCAUGAGCCACCAUGCCAGGCCUGUUUUGUUUGUUUUUAUAGAGAGAUGGGGUUUCGCCAUGUUGCCCAGGCUAGUCUCAAAUUCCUGAGCUAAAGCGAUCUGCCCACCUCGGCCUCUAAAAGUGCUAGGAUUACAGAUGGGAGCCACUGUGCCUGGCAUGUUUGUUUGUUUAAAACAUUUCUCCAUCACCCAUUCCAGGUCCCAGAGCAAACUCUCUGCUCUCGGAGCCUGUGACACUGGAUAUGUGCUUCACAGUUUCAGUCCCAUACUCUCCAACAUUUUUCAGAGCUCCGUAUACAGGUAGAUGCCAUCCUUUCUAAAAACUUCUCAUGACCUCCUGGAAUAUUCCUAUUGAUCUCAUUUUAUUUAGCAUCAGCUCAAGAAACUACGUCUUAGUGCACAUUAUCACAACAAAGAAAAAGCUUUGUUUUUAUAACUGGUAAAAACAAGAAAAGAUUAUCAUCAAAAUGAAAAUAUAAAAUUAAUCAUUUCUCACCGAAGAGUAUGCCUGGGAGCCUCCAGUUGUUAAAAGAGGAUACUAUUACUACUUCUUAUCAAAAAUUUGUAAUGCCCUGUGAUUUUUAUGAUACUUCUUCAAAGUGUUAAUAUGUAUCAUUAGUAUAAUAACAACCAACAAAAUGCCACUUUCAGAAAACUCUGUAAAUUUUUUGUAACAAUGUAAAAAAGAAAUGGGGAGUAAGUGUUCACAUCAUUAAAAGGCUUUGAAUUCAUGGAAAUACAUCAA